UUAAAUGGUUGUGAGUAAGGAUUGACUUGGGUUCUCUCUGGGUCUUCUUAAUCAUCGUCGCCAGUUUGUAGUGGAACUCAAUACAUGGAUUCCAACAAUGAUGGUGAACCAUGGGAAUGGCAAGGUGAAGACUACUAUCUCCAAAAGGAUUCCCAUUUCGAAAUCUCUAAUAGUCUAUGGGAUGUAACAAACCAAAAUGAAGAAAGUCUCUCCUACAUGUUUGAUGAAACAACCCCAAUUAAAGAUUGCGGAGAUUUAGCAUACCAUGUUACUGACAGUGGAAAAAAUAUGAACAAGGAACAGGAAGAGCGUAGGGAUUCUUCAUCGCAAUUAAAAAGGAGACGGAUGUUACAAUUCAACCCAAGUAAUAUGGAUCCCUGUUAUUGUGAUGAACAAAUUUCAUCUGCAUUCGUAAAAUCAAAGGAUUGGGAGAACCAAAUUGGGGCAGCUUUACCUGAAACGUCUGAUUGGGUUUCAGAAAUCACAGAAGAUAGGUCUGCCUCUGGUAAUGAGAGCCUGGAUCAGUCUUCUGAGGGGUGGCUUGCCAAUUGCUUCAAUGACACUGAAAUGCAUUUAAGCUCCGAUGAUAUGAAUGUCUCCGGGGCCUCUGAUGAGCAAAUUGAUGUUUCAGAGUUCUGCAACUUUCCACCUGAGGUGGAAGCUCAUGUGGUACAAGGGUGUUCUACCCCAACUCCUCGAAGUAUCUUUAAAGGUAGGAAGUCUUUCAUUCGAACUCCCACAAAGAUGUCAUCUGCUGUUGCCUAUCCAUUUGCCCUCAUCAAGCCCUUGGGGGACCAUGGAAAUGUUACUCUGAAGGACAUAAACCAGCGGAUUCGAACUCCACCCCCUUCAAAGUCGAAGCAAAAGGAUGAUGAUGCGUCUGUUUCUUAUCCCACUUCAGCUUUUUCUGGAAAGCCUGUGGUUGUUAAAACCAAAAUCCGCACUGAAGGAGGAAAAGGAAGUAUUACAAUCAUGAGAACCAAAGGCUGAGCAGAUAAGUUUAUCUUGCUUCACUUUGUUAUGAUGGUUCCCCUGUCCUCUUUCUAUCUCCAUUUUUGGUUUUUUGAGGGUUGUGGAGAUUUUCUUUAUAAUUUUCUGAAUUCAUCUAAUGCAGAAAUUGGUCUUGGUUCUCCUUGGAAUUCAUUAACACAUGGAAGUGUUUAAGAUUCCAAGUUUUGUUUGUAAGCAACCCAAGAGCUGAUACUUUUAUACAUAAUUACUUUGAUUUCAAGAAUGGAGUAUGGAUGUUGAUGUGUUGUAGAUCCCAUGCCCCUUUUUGGCUUCGAUGUAGUCUGUCAACUGCCACCAUUUAGUUCUAUAAUGUGAAAAGUAUGUUCUCUUGGUACUAUGUAUCCCUUUGAGCUGUCUUGGGCUCUUGAUGCACUUUAUAGCUUGCUAGCUC